CAACGUGCGUUUAUUUUCUUUUUGUUUCAUAUUCUAUGCAAUAAUUUGUAUAUAGGUUAUGUGUCAAAAAAUGCCUCAAAGGUUAUGUCAUGCAUGAGAUUAUCUGAACAGGUUGUAAAAGAAUAAUUGUAAAACUGAUGAAGCGGCACUCUUGUGGUGAAACCCUUUUCUCCUUAAGGUAUUUAAACAUCGGAAAUUAUGCCUCCAAGUGACGAGACGAGCGUCACGAUCAAAGAGAGGAACGACAGGAAGAGCGUCCGCAAACAGAAACGUGCUUAUCACAGAUUGCUCAGAGACAUGAACAUUAAAUGUACCGAGCACCCUACACAGCAUUUGAUGAUAUGCAACGGUGGUCUAGUUACCGGCAUCAAGAGGGAAACGUUGCAAUCCGUGUUGGACGCGCUGAUCUCUAAGUACACUCUGACAAUGCCGCCGGGCAAGUCGUACUGUUUCAUGACGUGCAAUUCGAAGGAAGAUGCAACAUGCGUGUACAAUUACAUUCAUGGACGGAUUAAGCUUCCAGGCCAAAAUGGCCCAUUAUAUGUAUGCUACACUGAAACAGUUUUCAUCACAGACUAUGUUGAGUCUAGCUCUGUGUUUCCCCCUGGUCUUAUGUUAAUAGAAAAUUUCAUAACACAGGAGCAAGAAGAAACUUUGUUAGGAACGCUCAAUUGGGAUGAAUGUGAAUCAGUCUCAUCACAACUGAAACACAGACAAGUAAAACAUUUUGGAUAUGAGUUUGAAUAUGGCACAAACAUGGUGGAUCCUGACAAACCUAUUCCGCCGAUUCCCGAGGACUACAAGUUUCUACAGACGCUAUUCAACAAGCAUGGUCACAAAUACACUUACGAUCAGUUGACCAUCAACAAGUAUCUAUCUGGACAAGGUAUACCAUCGCACAUCGACACACACAGUGUCUUCGAGGACACGAUAUUAUCUUUAUCACUAGGAUCUGCUUAUGUCAUGAAUUUCAAGAAGGAAGAUCAAAAGAUCGAUGUCCUCCUACCAGCCAGAUCUUUGUUGAUUAUGACAGGAGAAGCGAGAUAUGCAUGGACGCAUGGCAUCUGUCCUCGUCACAGUGAUAUAGUCAAGACGGAAAAUGGGACCACGACGAGAGAACGUGGUACCAGGGUGUCCUUCACCUUUAGGAAAGUGCGACGAGGCAAAUGCCACUGUGAUUUCAAAAAUUACUGUGAUACUGCAAAACGUGAUACUUUCAUCGACGCCGAAGCGGCGUCGGGAUUGGAAAAUUCGUAUGUACAUAAGGUUUACGAAGAAAUAUCUAAUCACUUCAGCGAAACGCGACAUAAACGAUGGCCCAAUGUAACCAAGUUCCUCGAAGGUUUGGAAGAGGGUACAUUGUUAUUGGAUGUGGGUUGCGGAAAUGGCAAAUAUCUUUGCGGAGAUCAGAAUGUAUAUAAGAUGGGAUGCGAUUACAGUUCCGGAUUGAUGGAUAUAUGUCGCAAACGUGGCUUCGAGGUUCUUCAAUGCGACUGCUUGUAUUUGCCGUAUAGAGACGACUCCAUGGACGCGGCAAUUAGCAUUGCGGUCAUUCAUCAUUUAUCUACUCGGGAACGAAGGCAACGUGCCAUUUCUGAGAUGGUUCGAGUGCUGAGACCAAAGGGUAGAUGCUUGAUCUAUGUGUGGGCGAUGGAGCAGCGCAAGAAUUCCGCGGAUUCGCUCUAUCUGAAGUACAGCAAGAAGAGCAAGGGAACUGAGACGAUCGACCGGAGCGAAAUCAAUCACGAAAGAAUCUCCGAGUGUCAUUUAACGUUGCCGAUUCACGAAAAUAGAACGAACUUUACUCACAGCGAUAUGUUGGUUCCCUGGAAGAAGAAGAGCGGCGAAUGCUUUCUGAGAUAUUACCAUGUAUUUCAGGAAGGCGAACUCGCGAAACUGUGCACGGAAAUAUCCGCAGCAGCGAUCAGGGAAAUGUACUACGAUCAAGGUAAUUGGUGCGUUAUUUUGGAAAAAUGUACAGAGAUCAAAUAAAAAUUAGAUUGAUCUAGA